UACGAUAAGCCGCAAGGUACAAAAACAUUUUACCAGCGACCAUUGGUUUUAAAAUACGGCCGUUUUCUGACACAAACAAAAAUUGAUGGGAAAUGGAUAAAUGGACUGGAUAAUGGGAUCGUGUUUGUCGAAAUGCCUAUCGAAAACCCUCAAAAAUUCUUGAAAGUUGUUCGCAUUUCUGAGUAUCAGCAGCUGUUUUUCGGUUUUUGUGAGCAUAUGCAAAAUCUGGUGCUGGAGCAGGAGAAAAAGACUGGUCGCCGGUCUCAUGUCAUUUGCAUAUUUGAUCUGAAGGGAAGUCCUGUUGUACCGUAUCUGAAUCCCGUCGGAGCCGUCAACAAACUCAUGAUGAGCCGAGUUUAUUUAUGGUUGGAUUACUACAGCGAACUUCUGAAACGAGUGCUUAUUGUCAAUUCAUCAACAUCACUGCUACCUGCUGUGAUAUCGCUGCUGUUGCCUUCGAAAAUGCUUGAUCGCUUCACAAUUGCCAGAAAUUUGCCCGAUGAUUUGCUGCCGUUUCUGUCAGUGGAGUGUAUUCCGGUUGCAUAUGGUGGGACAUAUGUGGUGGCAAACGAUGCCGCACUAGCGAACACAUGCAUACCCGCGGAACCGAUCACGCCACUGGAUUAUCAGGUUCUCGCUGCUUGAUA